CUACUUCUUGACGAAGCUGAUGUCUUUCUUACUCGAAGAGACUGGGGUGAUGUCAGUCGUAAUGCACUGGUUUCUGUGUUUCUACGGCAGCUGGAGUAUUAUUCGGGCAUCCUGUUUCUCACCACGAAUCGGGUUGGGGUUAUUGGCGAAACCUUCAAGUCUCGCAUUCAUGUUUCGCUUCAAUAUCCACGCAUCGGGCUCGAAGAGACCCGAAAGAUAUGGACUAACAUGCUCACACGGAUCGAGCGCGAGAACGCUACCUCGAAGUUGGAAAUUGUCUUUAACCAUAAUGCGCUGCUGGCAUUUGCGACGAAGCAUUACAAGACCCACGAAAAGACCGGGAAGACGUGGAAUGCCCGACAGAUCAAAAACGCGUUCCAGACCGCCGUUGCUCUGGGCCAGUACGACAGAAAAAAAGCAUUGCGCAAUGCCAAUCUGACAGUGCAACAGGCCGAGGCCAGCGAGGAGCGCAAGUGGAUGAACGUGAAGCUGAAGUCUGAGAACUUCAGCUACAUCGCAAAGACAGCGAGGGACUUCGAGGACUACCUUACGACAAGAUGGCAGUCUGUGUAUCGUUGCACCGCGCUAAAUUUCUGCUGUCGGUCUACCGGCCGUUACGUUCGCGAUACCGUCAAACUCCACAUCUAUCUUCUUAUAGUACAAACACACCAUUUAUGUACAUUAUAG